CCUCCGCCGCAGACAGCAAUCAUCAUCCGGCAGAAAAGUAGAAACUGCAGUAGCAGGAGAGCACUAUCGGAGCAACAUGAGAGUUUACCACUUGCUGCUGAUUGGAUUUGGCUUGGCGGCACUGGCCGGCGGACACGAGGUCCGGGACCAGGAGUUGGCGGUCCAUGCGAUACUCGGAGAGGAAGUGUCUUCCAAUGCGCCACUUCUAGAGGAGGAGAAGGAGCUGGAGAAGGAGCAGGUGCAGGAGAAGGAGCAGGUGCAGGAGAAGGAGAGGGAGACGGAUCUGCUGAAGGAGCUGUUGAAGGAGUUGGUAAAGGAGCAGGUGAAGGAGCAGGCCAAGGAGCAGGAGAAGGCAAAGGAGGAGGAGAAGGAGAAGGCGAAGGAGCAGGAGAAGGACAAGGAGCCACACGCAGCUGUCUCCACACCCUGCAUCACUUCCACUACCACCACUCCCUGCAUCCCCACCACCACUACCACCACUCCCUGCAUCCCCACCACUACUACCACCCCUCCUUGCAUCACCACCACCACUACCACCCCUCCCUGCAUCACCACCACCACAACAUGCGCCCCACCACCACCACCACCUUGCACCACGACUCCACCACCACCUCCACCCUGCACAAGGACUCCACCACCACCACCACCGUGCACCAGGACUCCACCACCACCACCACCGUGCACCAGGACUCCACCACCACCACCACCGUGCACCAGGACCCCGCCUCCACCACCACCGUGCACCAGGACUCCACCACCACCUCCCCCUUGCACCAGGACUCCACCACCACCUCCCCCUUGCACCAGGACUCCACCACCACCUCCCCCUUGCACCAGGACCCCGCCUCCACCACCACCGUGCACUAGGACCCCGCCUCCACCUCCCCCUUGCACCAGGACCCCGCCUCCACCCCCACCGUGCACCAGGACCCCACCUCCACCUCCCCCUUGCACCAGGACCCCGCCUCCACCCCCACCGUGCACCAGGACCCCACCUCCACCUCCCCCUUGCACCAGGACCCCGCCUCCACCCCCACCGUGCACCAGGACUCCACCACCACCACCGUGCACCAAGACUCCUCCACCGUGCACCACGACCCCCCGACCCUGCACCACCACCCCCCGUCCCUGCACCACGACCCCCCGUCCUUGCACCACGACCCCCCGACCCUGCACCACUACUCCCCAGCCGUGCCCCACGACUGCCCCGCCCGCCCACGCAAAUCCUGUAGAGCCUAUAGAGCCGAUAGCUACAACCGCGGAGUCCUUGGCUGGCCUCCUGACCUCGCGCCACGACUGCCGUGGUCUGGAGGACGGAACCCUGUUGGCCGAUCCGCGCCACUGCCGCCGCUUCUAUAUCUGCAACCGCCAGAGGACGAAGCGCCAGAGCUGCCCCAGCGGCCUGUGGUUCGAUCGCGCCCUGAAGACGUGCCGCCCCAGCUCAGAGGUCGACAACUGUGCCGCCCGCCGCAACUAGGGCGGUGUGUCGUGCCCUGAAUCAGUGUCAGUGUCAGUGCCAACAUUUAAAUCAAUUUAAAACAAUUUUUUUUUUCGUGUGUAAUCCCGAUAUAUGUGAUUUGAAGGCCAUUUUGUUUCCCAAUUACUUCCAAAUUAUAAAUAAUAAUCAAUGUGCAAUCAAUAAAUGAUUCAAUGAGUAUACAAAAAA